AUGUCUGAGCAUGCUCCUGAUGAGUUGGCAAAUGGUGUCCUGGGGAUCUCCUCCCAGAGCUGGAUCAGGGUGGGAGUACCUCCAGUUACUCAGAACAACCAGAGCUUCUUGAUGUUCAACAGAAGUCAAAUCAGAGCUUUGAGAACGGUGGAAAUACCUCCAGUUACUCAGAAGAAUCAGUGCUUCAACAGAACUUCAAUCAGAGCUCUCAGGAAGAAAGAGAAGGACCAGAAGUUUGUUUCGUACAUCUGCACUUUUACGUUUUGGAAAGAUGAAUACAUUCGCUGGGAUCCUAAGGACUUCUGUGGCAUUGAGAUGAUGUAUAUUUCCUCUCAGCUAGUUUGGAAGCCAGAUUUAAUUGUCAAAGAGAUGACAGAUCAGGGCAAGGCCCCUCCAAGUCCUUAUCUUAUCCUUUGGAAUAACAGUGAAGUCUUCUUUAAGAAGUACAUGGUGGUGGUCAGCAACUGCAGGAUGCAGGUGUACAAAUUUCCCUUUGACAUUCAGAGCUGCAACCUCACUUUCAAGUCUGCUAUACAUUUCGACAAGGCAAUACAGUUUGAUAUCAUCCUUAACUCUUCAACGACCACAGAGUGGUCUCACGAGUUGAUUCAGACCCAGUCCGAGUGGUUGUUCAUCAGCAUGACCGUCAGCAACAUCACUGUCCAUAACCAAAGUAAUGUCAUUUACACUAUCUCCAUGAAGAGGCGGUCUCUCCUCUACAUCGUCAACUUCUUACUACCCAUCCUGUUCUUCAUGUGUCUGGACUUGGCCUCCUUCCUGAUCCCUGACAGCGGGGGCGAGAAGCUCAGCUUCAAGGUCACUGUGCUGCUUGCUGUCACUGUGAUGCAGCUUAUUCUCAAUGAAAUUCUGCCUUCCUCUUCAGACAGGACUCCACUUAUAGCUAUUUACUGCAUUGGGAUGUUUGGUUUGAUGCUGCUGAGCCUCCUGGAGACGAUUGUGGUGAUGUAUCUGAUGGAGAAAGACUCUGAAUCCCAAGACAGCGACGCAGAUAGAGACAAAAGCCUGUGUACGGACUGUGGAGACAAAGAGAGCAAAGUCAGCUUCCACAACUGUUUUAGAGAGGUUAAGAAAUUACACUGUGCGUGUAUCUGUGAUGUGUCUCCUGGUGAAGCGCCAUCUGAACGGCUGUCGAUGGCCAAAGAGGGCAGCAGCAGCCAACUGACGGAGGAGUGCCAUGACUCUGAAAAGCUCUCGGAUGAGCUGGUGGACGCGAUGAAAACUCUGAGUCUGCUCCUCAGCAGCAGGAUGAAAGGAAAGAAGUGGGGCUACUGGACCAGAAUGACUAAAACAAUCAACAAAGUUUUCUUCAUUUUCUACAUCACAGCUGCCUCUGUGUUUUUAGUCUACAUGUUUAUCAUGUGGAGUACUCCAGAAUAGUGCCUAUAAUUCUGAAAACUGUCAUGCUGCAGGUCGACCAACU